GCCCCGAGGGCCCGCCUGCCUCGGGCGACACCGGCCUGGCGCGCCCCUGGCCGCUCCGUGUGCCCUGGACGCGCCGCCCGCGGCUCGGAAGGUGGAGAGUCAGCGACGGGGCCCGACUGCGGGACCGAGGGCUGCAAGAAGAAGCGAACAAAUAGUCCCCAGCGCCUCCUCUGGAUGCGGUCGCUUCUGUGGUCCUGGCAGCCGCUGGGCGGGCCAGGCCAGGUCGGGCCGGGACGAGCCGGGCACAUGGACCUGGGCCUGCGGGCUCUAAUUGCGGCGCUUAUGUUGAUGAUUUUUUUUUUAAAUCACAGCAGCCCCCAGUUUAGCGGACUGAUUUACUCCCGGUAUUGGUAAAUAUGAUCACGUGGGCCGCGCGACCAAUGGUGGAGGCUGCAGCCUGCGAACUAGUCGGCGGCUCGGGCGCCGGCGGGGAGCUGCUCGGCGGCGGACAGUGUAACCUUGGGUGGGAGUGCGGGACGCCUCAAAAUGUCUUCCAGUGGCACCCUCAGCAACUACUACGUGGACUCGCUUAUAGGCCAUGAGGGCGACGAGGUGUUCGCGGCGCGCUUCGGGCCGCCGGGGCCAGGCGCGCAGGGCCGGCCUGCAGGUGUGGCUGAUGGCCCGGCCGCCACCGCCGCCGAGUUCGCCUCGUGUAGUUUUGCCCCCAAAUCGGCCGUGUUCUCUGCCUCGUGGUCCGCGGUGCCCUCCCAGCCCCCGGCAGCGGCGGCGAUGAGCGGCCUCUACCACCCGUACGUUCCCCCGCCGCCCCUGGCCGCCUCUGCCUCCGAGCCCGGCCGCUACGUGCGCUCCUGGAUGGAGCCGCUGCCCGGCUUCCCGGGCGGUGCGGGCGGUGGCGGUGGCGGUGGUGGUGGAGGCGGCGGUCCGGGCCCCGGUCCCAGCCCUGGCCCCAGCGGCCCAGCCAACGGGCGCCACUACGGGAUUAAGCCUGAAACCCGAGCGGCCCCGGCCCCCGCCACGGCCGCCUCCACCACCUCCUCCUCCACUUCCUUAUCCUCCUCCUCCAAACGGACUGAGUGCUCCGUGGCCCGGGAGUCCCAGGGGAGCAGCGGCCCCGAGUUCUCGUGCAACUCGUUCCUGCAGGACAAGGCGGCAGCGGCGACGGGGGGAACCGGGCCUGGGGCAGGGAUCGGGGCCGCGACUGGGACGGGCGGCUCGUCGGAGCCCUCAGCUUGCAGCGACCACCCGAGCCCAGGCUGUUCACUGAAGGAGGAAGAGAAGCAGCAUUCGCAGCCGCAGCAGCAGCAGCAACUUGACCCAAACAACCCCGCCGCGAACUGGAUCCACGCUCGCUCCACCCGGAAAAAGCGUUGUCCCUACACCAAAUACCAGACGCUUGAGCUGGAGAAAGAAUUCCUCUUCAACAUGUACCUCACCCGGGACCGGCGCUACGAGGUGGCCAGGAUUCUCAGCCUAACAGAGAGACAGGUCAAAAUCUGGUUUCAGAACCGUAGGAUGAAAAUGAAAAAGAUGAGCAAGGAGAAAUGCCCCAAAGGAGACUGACCCGGCGCGGUGCUGGCAGGAGCGCUCAAGGGCAGCGGAUUUGUUGUUGUUGCUGUUUUCCUUUGUGGGUGUUUGGUGCUUGAUUUCCAGAAACUCUCCAGCGACUUGGACUUCUUCUUCUUCUUUUUUUUUUUUUUCUUUUUAGAUAGAAGUGACUGUGUGGUUGGUCUCUGAGGUAUUUGGGGGACUCUGUAUUUGCUCGUUUACGUGUUGGAAAAACCAAGUGGCUUUGGGGUUUCGCCCUAUCCCACUCCCUCCCUUUCCUGCUCCAUUGGUUCCUUAAGAAAUGCUAUAUUUUGUGAGUGCAAGCUGGCUUGGGGAGCCCUCUCUUGUGUAAAUGUCCCCCAUAUUUCUGAAAAGUGCUGUAGUUUAGUCCCCUCACCCCCAGCACUGCCCAAACAGGGGCCAAGUGCGCCCCAAUUCCAAGAAUGAAGGCAGAGCGACAACAGUGUGGACACCCCGGCUGCUAGCCCACGGUGAAGCCCGGCCGGGUUGCCCACCAGUUGCGAAAGCCCCCUUUCCUCAGGGAGCACGCGGGACCUCGGUGGAGAUCUCCAGUGAGGCUUAGAGGAGCCCAGGGCCUCGGGCGGGUUGGGGUUUGUCCUCAGUGCAUUGGACGCGCUGCUCUCUCCCCUGAAGGCUGGGCUCGCGUGGGCGGCCGCGGGUGGUGGCCCUCCCGGUUCCUGCCCGAGGACCAGUUGUAAAUGUUACUGCUUCCUACUAAUAAAUGCUGACCUGAUCAAAUGGAGCCCAGACGCUGGCCCUAAACAUUGUGUGCCUGCUUUCUCUGCCUCUCUGCAAAAUAUCACACUCAGGAUAUUUCUCCUCUACCCCUGGGAGUGAGACAUUGUUAAAAAUUCAGGGCCCUUCCACCUGACAGAUCUCUCUGAUGUGUCUCUGCCUUCUCUGCUUCACAUCCCUUUGUGUAGGCAGAUGCAGCAGCACAGACCCUGUGGGGGGACAUUGGUGCCUCCCCAAGCCUGGUUCAAGGUCCUCCACGAACUCUGUGCUUGGGCCCAGUGUUAGCCUUGCAGAAGCGCCCAGAAGAGCCAGCAGGCCCCAGAAGCCAGGCACUUUCAGGCUGGGGCUUGGGUACACAGCACCCUAACCUUCCCUGGGCUCCUGAAGCCCCAGAUGCCAAACCCCUCUCCAAACAAGGGAAAGGCCAACUCUGCACUCUGGAGCAACUGUCCCAGCUUGGUGGGGCUAGCUGGCUCCGGGAGGUCCCAGCUGGUCAGGCUGUGAGCUUCUGCUCCUCCCCACCAAAGCCCCAAAGUGACCUUAGCGAUCAAAAUGGUCAAGGCUCUCCUCCCCAGCCACCUCCAUUUCACCGUCCCCUUCCCCCCACCCAGCUUCUGUGUAUGUUUAGCCCCCAGCUUGGCCCUCUGAGGGCUGCAUUCAGGGGCUAAAAUGAAGGUCAUUGUAAGUGAGGGUUUGGGUGAGCACAGCAUUUGCAGGCCAAAGAGGCAGCACUGCCAAGUGGCCUGAGCUGGGUGGAAGGUGGGGGCGGUGGCAGAGAUCUUGGGGGGUCCCAAUGAAAGAGGGGACUCGAAGAAAAAGCAGAGGGGGGCUGGGAGGGAAAGCCAAGGAAGGCCCAGAUCCAGCAGAAGGUGCUGCGCACCCCUGCCACUGUGGCCAGCUCAGUACCUAGGGCUCUUUGAAAACAGGAAGAGCCAAGGUGUCAUAAAGCCAUCUAGCCAGCCAGACGUCUGGAGGUAAUGAGUUUACGACAGGCCCGGUGCUUUGCUUUGAAACCAUCUCAUUUUGAUGUUUGUGUUUGUGGGAGAAAAGGAAAAAUGCGGACAAAACUGGGUCUUAAAAUCUAGACAAUAAAAUAUAAACAAGACUGCCUUGGACCAAGAAGGCAGGGGCAUGGGAGCCCCCGGGUGAGGUGUGAGCACCUAGGAAGUAAACAUGAAAGAGGUAGGAAGGAAGAGGUGAAUGAAUUUCUGAUUUUUGAAAUGAACCAGGUAAUGGAAGUAGCCUAAGGAGAUGGCAUUUUAUAAUAUUUUGACUAUGACCACGGUUUAGCUGGUUCUUUAGAAACAAACAAACAAAAAAAUUGGCCUGUUAUCUGGGGAUAGGGCGGUUAGUGAUCUUAGGUCAUUUACCUAGGUGAGAGUCUCCCAGAAGUGUGGUUCGCGGGAAAAGAUGAAGUUAGAUGCCUAUUCACAAGAAGCUCUGGCCCUCCACUCCAAACUUUGAAGCAAAAUGUUGUUGAAAUUUAUGUCUAUUCACUUAUAAAAAAAUACAAUUGUUACACCUAAACGGGAGGAAAGCAGUUUUGAAGAUGAGUAAAAAGAUUAACCUAACAGGAAACACUUAAGCCAAUUGAAUAGUCAUUGCUUUUAAAAAAAAUUCUAGUGGAAUGCUUAGUUCAAUGACUUUUGACAUAUAUUUUUAAAAUCCCAUUUAUUGUCCAUAGAAAUUCAAACAAACAGAAGCGCAAAGGGACUUUCCAGACAGCCACUCAGAGAUCCAGCAAAAAGCUUUUGAUUUGGCUUCAAUUCCCCCCAAAAUCGGCCACCUACGUGGGCCCCAAAGCAUUAAAGUUACAGUGUUAAAGUAGCAAAUAUUCAUGAUUUAAUCCUAAAAGCAACAGCUGUAAGAGAAAAACAAAAACAUAACAAUACUUGAUUUCUGUAAUUUCUUAGUUGCCAAAGUGUCUGGUUCCUCUGGAAAAUAAAAAGCCUCUUGGCAGUUGAUAUUUAGAAAGUUGUAGGUUUUGUUAAAUCUAGCCUGUCCUAUAAUUGUUUUAAAAGGCACAGCUGGGCGGUUACAGCAUGGGGACUUUUGGUGUCUGGCAAAAGAAGGGCUGGAAGCUUUUGGAAAAGACACUACUGGAAGCUGUUGGAAGCACUGAUUAGAAUAUCCUAGCAUGCAGGAGCUCCUGCUUGCUGCUCUUGACUUGUUGACAGUCACAGGAAUGAAGCAUUAUUAGUGUCAGCAGUCCAAGCCCCAAACUGAAGAACGAGAUUAGAAUUGGUUUGAGAUGAAUAAAAAUUAAAUUCAGUGGACUGGAGGUGGCAUUUGGCCACUAGAGAGCGCUGUUGCUCCACUUUCUGAUCUCGUAAAGCUGGAAUUGCGGCGGAGAAAGGUUUUGAUUAAAAAUAUUAACAAUCUUAUUUUUAAUCCGAAAUUAGGAUAAUUUUAACCAAAAAUAAACAAGGUUUACUAUUAAUUUCUGUGUUUUCUGGGCAUAAAAUUUUGGCUCGAUCAUGGCUUCAGAAACUUUGGACUGUGGCACAGCGGAAACUAUAAAACAUGAUAAAUUAAUGUAUUAUAUCAAAACAGAAAGCUGUAAAAAGCAUAGAUCUUUUCUUACUAAGUUAAUCGCGCUCUUUUUCUACUCAUAUUAUAAACGGAAUGCUUAAAUAAAUGUUAAAAACUGUUUUGUCCCAA